AGAAAAGUGAACAUAGAUUUUGGAACAUUGCGUUUAGUUUCUCAGUGAAGUUACCACAAUGUGCACAGUCGACGACAGCUGGCUUUUCUCCAACUUUGCUAACCUGGAUUUGAUGAAGAGUGAGGAUCUGAUAAAGCAUGAAGUGUCGAUGAUGUCGGCCGUCAGCGGCACUGGCGAUCAGCUGCUCCGACGUGUCAAACAAGAGGCCGAACCACCACCACAGUAUUCCCCGACGGAACAACUUGCGCUGGCUUCCCCGCCGCCCCCGCGCCCCAUGCUGAUGCCGCAAGAGAUGGAACUGGAGCCCAAAGAAGAGGUGAAGUACUGCGUAUCGCCCGGCGAAGGCAUAGUCGGCAACACCAGCCCCGACCAGCAGCACUGCUCUUCCACCACCGCCGCUGCACCGAGCACUAGAGAUGACGAUGCACCCAGGAGGCUGUGUCUUGUGUGCGGGGAUGUCGCGUCUGGGUUCCACUACGGAGUGGCCAGCUGCGAAGCUUGCAAGGCGUUCUUUAAGAGGACAAUCCAGGGCAACAUAGAGUACACGUGUCCAGCGUCGAACGAGUGCGAGAUCAACAAGCGGCGGCGCAAGGCGUGCCAGGCGUGCCGGUUCCGCAAGUGCCUGCGCACGGGCAUGCUGCGCGAGGGCGUGCGCCUGGACCGGGUGCGCGGCGGCCGCCAGAAGUACCGCCGCGCCGCCGACCCGCCGCCGCCGCAGCGCCCGCAUCUCGACGACAUCAAGAUCCUGGAGGUCCUAUCCUCGUACGAGCCGGAGCCGUUCACGUGCGGCGCGCCGCCGGCCGGGGUCACUGAACCCUCGGCCCGGACCCUCGCCCUGCUAGCCGACCUCUACGACAGGGAGCUGGUGGGGGUCAUCAGCUGGGCCAAGCAGAUACCUGGCUUCACGGACUUGCAGCUUAAUGAUCAGAUGCGUCUCCUCCAAAGCACAUGGGCAGAGAUGCUAUCCCUAAUGCUAGCGUAUCGGUCGCAGUCUACCGGCGGCGGCACGCUACGACUGCGGUUCGCCACCGACUUGCAACUAGACGAGCAACAGGCAAGGGACAUCGGGGCAGGAGAGCUGUUCGCACAGGUGGCCGGCGUAGUUCGAAGACUCGAACGCGCAGCGGCCCUCCGUGAAGAAUGUUGGCUACUAAAAGCCCUCGUGUUAGCAAACUCCGAGGCCCGCAUAGAAGAACACGCCGCUCUACGCCGCUUUAGAGACGCCAUACUGGCCGCGCUCAACGACGCUGUGUCUGCUCUUAGGCCAUACAACGCCGGCGCGGCGCUGCAGCAGCUGCUGCUCGUGCUGCCCGCGCUGCGGCACGCCGACGUGGCCGUACGACGGUUCUGGGCGCAGGUAUACCGCGACCGACGGGCCCCCAUGAACAAGCUGUUCGUGGAAAUGCUGGAAGCGUGCCUGCGGUAAGCGGCAGCUCAAACCUCACACCUGGAAGCAAACUGAGGACGCUGCCAAACCCAGAUGUAAUCUGGAAGUCCUGGACUGAUAGCGGACGGUGCAAUCCAGAUAUAAUCU